GCCGUCGGAUCGUCUUGUCAAAUUUUUCUCGAUCAAAGACCCACACAGUGGAAGGCGAAAGCGAGAAGAAAAAUGUGUUUAUUGCUAUGUAGUAAAGAGGAAAAAGAAGUUAGAAGGCAACAGGCUUCUGGGGCAUGCCCUAACUGUGGAGGGAAAGUGGAAGCAGUGGAUGUUGGAAUUCAAUGGAGAUUUUUCUGUUUGCCCUUAUGUUUCAUAUUCAAGAGGAAGUAUUUUUGUAAUCUUUGUUCAAGGCGUUUGGUUCUGUAUAAUUGUUGAACAGUUUAGAAUUUGGAUCAAGAAUCAAUUUCAGUACGUGGGUUGAUGUUGAGUUUUUUGUUACUUGAAUGUGUAUAUAUAGUUUUGUUUAGUUUUAAGAUGAAAAUGUUAAUUUGGUCUGAUUUGAUCUGAUCAUUUGGUUUCUACUUUCUUGAUUCUUGUUUCUUUUGUAAUAGUGGAAGAAAAAUGUGUUUAUCAAUGAAUUGACAAGGAAUAGUUAUGGUUUUAUUUGCUAAUUAAUCAUUGUGGGUUU